GACCUGUGACCCCCGCACAACAAGCCGCGUCAGGGAGGGCACGAGACCAGAAUCACGAUCGCGGAUCGAUGUGUACGCAUACAGCAGCUCUUGCACUCAAAUCGAUGAAUGCAAGGAGCCCAUGUGUCAUGCACAAGCUGCCAAGAAGACUUCACUCGGCAUUCAAUGGCACUACUGAGAAGGAACCGGUGGGAAGCAGUCGAUGGUCAUGUUCGUAGAGCAGCCACCAUCACAGGCAAAUGGAGAGGAUGUAACCGGAUGGCGUGGUAGACACGUACAGGUUCAGACAACACAUCUCCAAUGCUGCAUGUCUAUCUACUGCAGAGCGACGGUCAUGCGAACCUCGACCUUGGGAGUGGGACUGCUAUUCCCAUCGAUGAGGUGCCCUUGCACUUCCAUUCUCGCGAACGACCGCAUCUGGAGCAGCGACGCUGCAAUCCUCGUCAAGACUUCGGCUCUCUUGUCUGCAUAAUCUAUACUCAGGAUUGCUUGAGGCAUCGAUGGAAGUGGCCCUCCUUCUCGGCACGUGACUGGACACUUGCCGCGUGGUCGAAACGUCUCUCGGUGUGUAAAUCCCACGAGCGUCUCCAGGCUCAGCAAGCUCCUCGCACACAUAUCGCCGACGUCAAUGUCAUUGACGGGAAGGCAACCACGUCAUGGUGUUCUGCGAUUCAAAGACUGCCAGUUUCGUUCGAACUCACAGCAACGAGGGCGGCAGCAUUGCUACUCUUACCAAAUUUCGUCGGCACUCGCGAUAAGAUCGGUGCCCAUCAGGUUGCUUUUUGGGAAAUUUCCUCUUUCCGGUGCGCAGACUUGCGAUCGGGACUAGCGCAAAGCUGUCAAGCUGUCACAUCUCUUCUAAGCCACGAACGAGCGUCUACUGGUGUAUUUCGGUCGGUGGCGCAGCUUCACAAGUGCGCUUCGACGAUGGGAGGAAGGUCCGCCUUUGCGCUGCGCUUAACCGACGAGAUCGACAGGACUUGCUCCAAGCAGCGCUUGCUGGUCCAACCGUAUCACCAACCGCAGACCGAAGACCGACUUGGCACAGCACGACAGGAUCAUAAGCGAGUGGGCUUAGCUCGGAAUGUAAGAGAUUCGGCCGGCAAGCCGGCCAACGCCAGCAAGUCAUCCUCACUACGUCGACACGCACUAGUGUAACAAGUCUCUGAAGUUGUUCCUUGCUGGAAGUUACGGCCCCUUCUGUAGGCUCAACCCGUACCACACGAGCGACUUUGUAUUGUGACACCAUGCCGCGAACAUUUCAGCACUUGCUCAGCAUUCAAUUCCACCGACUUCGCUUCACUCUCGACUUUCACUGGCAGAAUACUUGGCCCGGACGCGGCAUGUGAGCUUUCACACC